UCAGUCAUUCAUCAAAACCAUGGCUGUCCCAGGAUAAGCAGCUCGGGUGCCAGUACUGGAGUGUGGAUGAUUAUUACCCGCAACUCAGUGUGACCAGCAGGCUCUGUGCUGCAUCUUAUCCGCACGUGGCCACGCUCGGUCCUUACCCAGCCACGCUCCGCCCUCACCCAGCCACGCUCGGUCCUUACCCAGCCCUCGACUUAAGGAGCAUCUCGCUCCUUGUGCAGAUGAGAAAGCUGGGACUGGGAAAGGCUGAGUAAUUUGCUCAAAAGCACAUACAAGUGAGCAGGCAAAGCCAGGAUUAGGGAUGAGUCUGCCUGCACAGCCCUGAGUUAAGCAAGUCCUUGGCUGCAUCACCAACCUGCUCGAAGGGGUGGAGGGCCCACCACAAAGGCUGAAAGCCCAGGAUGGUCACAGGGAGCCCGGCAACCCGGCUGAGACCGCCAGGGGACGUAAAUCAGACUUGUGGGAAGCAAAUGAAGACACAACGAAGUCUUCAUUUGGGAACAGACUGGGGCUAUUUGGCUGGGGCUUCUAGUUCUAAGUGAUCAGACACAAGGGGGAGACACUUGCCCUUCUUCUUUGCAAGCCUGGUGGACCCCAGAUAAUUUAAGGGAAACAACCUUGCACUCAGCCUGCCUUGGCUGUCUUCAUUAUCGUCACAAAUCUCUGGUCUCCUAGAAUCUGGAUAUCAUAGUUAAGGAGCAUCACGCUUCUGGUGCAGAUGAGGAAGCUGAGGCUGGGAGAGUAACUUAUACCACAUUGAUUACUAGUUCUGUACCCAGGACACGAUUGCCUGCAGAACGUUUGGAAAUUUGAUGUCUCUGCAUGGUGGCAUCCUGGUGAUGUGGGUUCCCAUCCUGCAGGACAUGUCGUUCAUUCCCUCUCUCAUGCUAAUCACAAGGCUGCCUUUCCUACAGACACUUAAGGAGUGGGUGGCUGUGGAGAGUGACUCUGUUCAACCCGUGCCUCGGCUCAGACAAGAAAUCCUGAAAAUGAUGGACAUGGCAGCAGACAAGCUCCAGCGCCUGGGAGCCAGUGUGGACUUCGUGGACAUGGGCACUCAGCAGUUUCCUGAUGAUCAGAGUCUUCCAAUUCCUCCCAUCAUCCUGGCUGAGCUGGGGAAUGACCCAAAGAAGCCCACUGUGUGCUUUUAUGGCCACUUGGAUGUGCAGCCAGCCAACAAGGAAGAUGGGUGGCUGUCAGACCCAUACACGCUGACGGAAGUGGACGGAAAACUUUACGGACGAGGAGCAACAGACAACAAAGGCCCUGUUCUAGCUUGGAUCAAUGCAGUGAGCACUUUCAGAGCCCUGAAGCAGGACCUCCCGGUGAAUGUUAAGUUCAUCAUCGAAGGGAUGGAAGAAGCUGGUUCUGUUGCGCUGGAGGAAGUUGUCAGAAGAGAAAAGCACCGUUUCUUCUCCAGUGUGGACUACAUCGUGAUUUCUGACAAUCUGUGGAUUAGCAGGAAGAAGCCAGCACUCACCUAUGGAACCCGUGGAAACAGCUACUUCACAGUGGAGGUGAAGUGUAGAGACCAGGAUUUCCACUCAGGAACCUUUGGUGGCAUUCUUAAUGAGCCAAUGGCGGAUUUGGUUGCUCUUCUUGGUAGCCUUGUCGAUUCGUCUGGUCACAUUCUGAUCCCGGGAAUCUAUGACAAGGUGGCUCCAGUCACAGAAGAGGAGAAAAAAAUGUACGCGGCCAUUGAUCUGGACCUCAGAGAGUACCAGAAUAGCACCCAAGUCAAGAAAUUUCUGUUUGACACCAAGGAGGAAAUUCUAAUGCAUCUGUGGAGGUAUCCAUCUCUUUCUAUUCAUGGGAUUGAGGGUGCAUUUGAUGAGCCUGGAGCCAAAACGGUCAUACCUGGUCGAGUCAUAGGAAAGUUUUCCAUCCGUCUGGUCCCUCACAUGAAUGCAUCUGUGGUGGAGAAACAGGUGAAGCAGCAUCUUGAAGAUAUCUUCUCCAAAAGAAACAGUUCUAACCAGAUGGCUAUUUCUAUGGUGCUAGGGAUACACCCGUGGAUCGCAAAUAUUAAAGAUAAUCAGUAUCUGGCAGCAAAAAGAGCAAUCAGAAACGUAUUUGGAACAGAACCAGAUAUGAUCCGGGAUGGAUCAACCAUUCCCAUUGCAAAAAUAUUUCAGGAUAUCAUCCAGAAGAGUGUGAUGAUGCUUCCACUGGGAGCCGUUGAUGAUGGAGAACACUCUCAGAAUGAGAAAAUCAACAGGUGGAACUACAUAGAGGGAUCCAAAUUAUUCGCUGCCUUUUUCCUAGAGAUGGCUAAACUGCAUUAA